UAUCGUGACCUAGGUCAGUGAUGGGGUCAGGGAUACGUUAGUAUUCUACUGUAUCACGUGAUUGUUUCUUCAAUUGGCGCCGCUGGCACGCGACAUCUCAAGACAUUCCAAGAAAUGUCAAAAAUAAAAUUCUGACGUUUGGUUAUCAGCGCUACCUUAUGUGAGCAGAUAAAGGGGGCGUGUCUGACAAUAGGGAGCUUCAUCGGUGUGAUAUUGUGUGACAGAAGAGUUUGUUUUUAUUUAUAAAUCGUAGUCUAACGUGGAGUGAUAAAUAAUUAGGGUGAACAGUCAUGAUAUCUGAAAGGGAUUAUGCACCACUAAGUGCAGCUUGUGUCAGAUCUUUGAAUGAUAAGAUGUAUGAGAAGAGAAAACCAGCUGCUGUGGAAAUUGAAAAAAUGGUGAAAGAAUUUUCAGCGAGAAACAACAUUCCCCAGAUAAAAAGGCUUCUAAAGGUUCUUGGACAGGACUUUGCAACCUCUCAUAAUUCCCACACAAGGAAGGGUGGACUGAUAGGAUUGGCCGCGAUAGCCGUUGGACUGGGAAAGGACACUGGACAAUACACUGAGGAGCUAAUUCACCCUAUUUUGGCGUGCUUCUCAGAUCCCGAUGUUCAUGUACGAUAUUACGCCUGUGAGAGUCUGUACAAUGUCGUGAAGAUAGCCAGAGGCGCUGUUCUGCCACUUUUCACGGAUAUCUUUGGGGCUUUGAGCAAGCUCGCUUGUGAUCCCGAACAGAGUGUCAAGAAUGCCACGGAAUUGUUGGACAGGUUGAUGAAGGACAUCGUGACAGAAAGCGGAAUGUUCGACCUAGUAGGCUUCAUGCCCCUCCUUCGCGAGCAGAUCUACACAAAGAAUCCCUUUGGCCGGCAAUUCGUGAUAUCCUGGGUAUCCGUCCUGGACGCAGUACCCGACAUGGAUUUCGUUGUAAUUCUUCCAGAAAUCCUAGACGGUCUCUAUAAAAUCCUGGAGGAUCCAACCCCGGAGAUAAAACGAAUCACUGACACAGUCCUGGGUGAAUUUCUUCGCAGCAUAAAGGCAAACCCAUCGAGAAUCGACUUCGCAGGGAUGAUAAAUAUCCUGAUAACACACGCCCAGAGUACAGACGACUUGUUGCAGUUGACGGCCAUCACGUGGAUCAAAGAAUUCGUCAAUCUUUCUGGUCCGACGAUGCUGCCCUACACAUCUGGAAUAUUAACAGCCAUCCUUCCCUGUUUGGCGUACGACGGAGACAACAGGAGGAGCAUAAAGGACACUGCAAUGCAGGUCAACUCCUCGUUGAUGAAGCUCAUCACUAGUAAGGAAACGAGUCCAGUGAAAACUUCAAAUGUACCGGAGGAGGAAGACUCGAAACACGUGGAGAGCCCGAAAAAAGAACAAGAGCAAAAGCAAAAUAGCCAGGAUCGAGAGGUCCUGGUGGAGACCCUCGAUCUUGUCUCGGUGGUAGAAGUCCUUACGAAACACUUGAUGCACACAUCAGUUCAAACCAAAGUGGCCGUUCUAAAAUGGAUUCACUUACUCUUUUUAAACAUUCCUCACAAAAUGUACAAUCACAUCGAGGAAUUAUUUACAGUAUUAAUGAGAAUCCUGGGAGAUACAUCGGACGAUGUUGUUCAGCAAACUCUUGUUGUGCUGGCUGAGAUAAUCGGAUCAAAUUCGGAUUACACAGGAAGGGAAAAUGAGGAAUUUAUUAAAGAAUCUCUCAUCUCUAGUGGGGAUUCUGCUUCUGGUUCAGUUGGUAAUAAAUAUUUUACAAAAUUCAUUGUUAAUUUGUUGAGAUUAUUCUCCCAGAAUCGACAUUUGUUGGAGGAGAGGGGUGCUUUUAUCAUCAGAGAACUGUGUGUUUUGCUGAGUGCUGAGAAAAUUUAUAAAGCUCUUGCAGAAAUUCUAUUGGAGGAGCAGAAUUUGAGAUUCGCGUGCAUCAUGAUUCAGUCGCUCAAUGUUAUACUAUUGACUAGUUCUGAACUUUUUGAUCUGAGGAACAAGUUGAAGAACCUGAAGUCCGAAGAGAGUAGAAAUCUUUUUGUCUGUUUGUAUGAUUCCUGGUGUCACAAUCCAGUUGCCACUGUUGCCCUCUGUUUACUUGGACAGAAUUACUCUCAUGCCUGUGAUCUUGUCAGAUCAUUUGCUAACAUUGAAGUGACCGUUGAGUUUCUCACGGAAAUUGAUAAGCUGGUGCAGCUCAUUGAGUCACCAAUUUUCACGUAUUUGAGACUGGAACUGCUGGAGCGGGAGAGAAAUGAGGAUCUUGUUCGCACGCUGUAUGGGUUACUCAUGAUCCUGCCUCAGAGUGAAGCAUUUGGUACGCUACAUCGACGAUUAGCCGCGAUUCCUCCAGCGAGUAUACCCGCGCGAGGCGAUGGCAAUGCUCUAGGACGGAGGAACGGAGGUAAUGGCGAAAUUGAUUUUCAAAAGCUUCUACGGCAUUUCGAGAGUGUACAGGAGAAACACAAGGAGCAGAAACAUCGGCACAGGCUGAAUUUACUUGUGGAGAAAGACGUUUCUGAGGGGACGUGAGUUUGUGAUUUUGGAAUGGAAAAAAACUUGUUAUGAACUUAUUUUGCUUGGAUUGAGUACCUCGACAAGUAGUGGAAAUCAUUGGCGUUCAGAAUUGCCGAAAUAAUGAUAUGUAAAACUACCAUAUAGUGCUAAUAAUGCAAAACAGACGGUCCGAUCAAUCUACUAGACUUUAAA